GGCAUCGCCGAUGCGGCCGUGUCGAGCUCUAACUCCGUUAAGCUCUUCGCGACCGGCGAGCUGAGCAUCACGAAAGGUUUUCCGACGAUAUACGGGAUGGCGCAGUGCGUCCAGCACAUCGCGGGCUCGGAGUGCCGCCGGUGCCUUCAGGGGCUCAUCAACGAGACGCUGAAGUUGUUCGACGGGCGGCAAGGUGGCCAAAUUCUCGGCGGCUGGUGCUACUUGAGGUACGAAGUGUUUUUGUUCUACUAUGGGAAGCCGACGAUAAGCAGGUUUUCUGUUGCACCGGUGAACCUGCCCAUCUCGCCGCCACCUCCCGGCCCUCCGCAAAUUCCAACUAAAAGAAAGGCAAAGUUGCAAAUCACUCGACCAACUUCCACUUUUGAUGCUGACGAAGUUAUUAAGCUUUGGAAGAGCGAAGAAAGAAGCUCUGAAUUUUCAUUAUUUGAUUUCGAUACCAUCGCGAACUCCACGAACAAUUUUUCUGUCGAAAACAAACUUGGAGAGGGCGGAUUUGGGACUGUCUACAAGGGCCAAUUAUCAGAUGGACUUGAGAUAGCAGUAAAGAGACUCUCCGCGCAUUCAGGCCAAGGUCUAGUGGAAUUCAAGAAUGAGAUUCAACUUAUAGCAAAACUUCAACAUCGAAAUCUUGUGAGGCUAUUAGGUUGUUGCAUUCACAGAGAAGAAAAAAUACUAAUAUAUGAAUAUAUGCCGAACAAAAGCUUGGAUUUCUUCCUCUUUGGUUCGUAUCAAUCAUUCUGCUCCAAUUGCUCUUUUCUUCUCUUUCCACACUUUCUUUGUUAUAUUAGUUUGUCUGUCUCAGAUCAAACAAGAGGACUAUUAGACUGGCAAAAGCGCUUUACUAUUGUUGAAGGGAUAGCUCAAGGACUUCUUUAUCUUCACAAGCACUCUAGACUACGAAUUAUCCAUCGAGAUCUAAAGGCGAGUAACAUUCUCUUGGAUUACGAAAUGAACCCUAAGAUAUCUGAUUUUGGCUUAGCUCGAAUUUUUGGUUCCAACGAAACUCAAGCAAACACAAACAGGAUUGUUGGCACGUAUGGCUAUAUGUCUCCCGAAUAUGCUUCUGAGGGUCUUUUCUCAGUCAAAUCUGAUGUCUUUAGCUUCGGCGUCUUACUUCUCGAGAUAGUAAGCGGAAAAAGAAAUGCUGGUUUCCACCAAUAUGGGAAUCAUCUUAACCUCCUUGGAUAUGCAUGGGAGCUUUGGAAAGAGGGGAAAUGGUUUGAGCUCAUAGAUCAAAAACUAGAUGAUAGUUUUGAAACAUGUGAGAUAUUGAGAUGCAUUCAUGCGGCACUUAUGUGUGUUCAAGAGAAUGCCUCCGAUCGACCGACCAUGUUGAAUGUGAUUACGAUGCUGAGCAGCGAUAGCACGAGCCUAUCGGAUCCGAAACAACCGGCUUACUUCAAUGUGAGAAUCAGGGAUGAAGCAAAGAUGGCGUCUGAUUUCAUCAUGCCUGACACCGUAAACGAGAUUACUUUUAGUGAUCUGGAAGGCCGAUAAUGCUACUUCAAUUUUUUUUUUUUUCUUUGUUUGUUUGUUUGUUUUUUUUUUUUUUGAGAUAAUGUCCAUACCGGUAUUAUAUAUCGGUUGCCCUAUUGUCAUAUAAGAUACAAUUGAGUUGAAAAU